GAAACUCGCGCUGGAGAUCAUGGCGGGAACCGAGGCUGGGGACGCGGCAGGAGCCGAGGCCCCACAGCCUCAGAAGCGCUACUAUCGGCAGCGGGCUCACUCCAACCCCAUGGCGGAUCAUACGCUGCGCUACCCUGUGAAACCAGAGGACAUGGACUGGUCUGAGCUAUACCCAGAGUUCUUUGCUCCACCGCCUCAAAAUCAGAGCCACGACGACCCAAAGGAUAAGAAAGAAAAGAGAGCUCAGGCCCAAGUGGAGUUUGCAGACAUAGGCUGUGGCUAUGGCGGCCUGUUAGGUAACACUCUGGCCCUCUCUCUGGGGCAAGGAGAGGCAGUGCCUAGGUUCUGCCACCUCAGCAGGUUUGCUGGGGGCCAUAGUUGGCCUUUCCCCUUCGGACCAGACACUGCUUGCUGUGACAUCGUUGUGAAGAACCUCCACCUUCCCUCUACUCUGGUGGAACUGUCACCGCUGUUCCCAGACACGCUGAUUCUGGGUCUGGAGAUCCGGGUGAAAGUCUCAGACUAUGUACAAGACAGGAUCCGGGCCCUGCGAGCCGCUCCUGGAGGUGGUUUCCAGAACAUCGCCUGUCUCCGCAGCAAUGCCAUGAAGCACCUUCCUAACUUCUUCCGCAAGGGCCAGCUGGCAAAGAUGUUCUUCCUCUUCCCUGACCCACAUUUCAAGCGGACGAAGCACAAGUGGCGAAUCAUCAGCCCCACACUGCUGGCAGAAUAUGCCUACGUGCUGAGAGUUGGGGGGCUCGUGUACACCAUAACCGACGUGCCGGAGCUGCAUGAGUGGAUGUGCACCCACUUUGAAGGGCACCCCUUGUUCGAGCGUGUGCCUCUGGAGGAGCUGAGUGAAGACCCCAUUGUGGGACAUCUGGGCACCUCAACGGAGGAGGGAAAGAAAGUUGUACGCAAUGGAGGAAAGAACUUCCCAGCCAUCUUCAGAAGAAUACAGGAUUCCACCCUCCAGGCAGUGACUCCCACUCCUACCCCUCCUGGUCACUGACUUUGCCUUUGUCUUAGUGGAACCCCAUAUUUGGGGGACUGGAAAGGAGAUUGGGCCCUUGGACCUUCCCAGCUGAGCCUGCUACACAGGGAGCAGGCAGCAGUCUCUCAAGUUGAAGAUCUGCCCAGGGCAGGACCCUGGGGUUCAGGACCGCCCCAGACCCCUCUCAGGGGCAGCAGAAAGCCAAAGCAGCUGACUGGGAAGGUCAGAAGACCUUGGGCCAGAAGAGAUCCUUGGAAGGGAGUGGGACUUGCUCUUCCUUAGCGCUCCCUUCUCCUAGGCGCUCUCCUCAGCUGGAGCGAGGAAUGCAGUUCUCCACGGUCCAUCCAAACUGCCUGCUAGACUCAAAUCACCUGCCUGCUCACGUUUGCUUUACGGUUCUGAGGCUAACAUGUAUAUGUGUGCGCAUACACAUGCUGCUGUUUUUGAAGAAAGGCUGGAGUGUGGAUCACUCCCAUCCUCUCCCAGCCUAAGACUUGACCCGGGGAAUUCCUGUUCCCUUUGUUCUUGCUGUCUCUGGAGAUCCUGGGAGGGUGUGGUGGUGGAGACCCCCUCCCUCCUCAGGUUGACCUUUGCUUUGAUUUCAGAGCUGGCUGACUAGCCCUGAACCUGCUUGUGGAGGGCGGGAGUAAGGAGCAGAGAGCUGAACUGGGGAGGAUUCUGAGGCUAAAAGUGGAAAGGGGCUGCUGACUAGAACCCCCCCCCCACCAAACACACACAGCAGACUGAGUCAGCUGGAGAGUCAGAACUCUCGCUUAACCCUUGCUCUGUCCAGGAGCCCAGCAAAAUCUCUCAACUUUUCUAGUUUGCAAUAAGUUUCUUCAUUUCUGCUCCUCAAGUCCCAUAUUCCCAUGGCUGGUAGGACACGGCUUGUUGACCCAAAAGACCAACCCCCUCUCCUCAAGGAAUAAAAAUGAAGGCUCCUGAAA